AUGAAACACGGGCGCCGCAGCGUUCGCCGCUGCCGCACCUUCCCACCACGGCUGCCAGACAACGACGACAUCCUCGCCGAGAUCCUUCUCCGCCUCCCGCCACAGCCCUCCACCCUGCCCCGUGCCAGCCUCGUCUGCAGGCAGUGGCACCACAUCGUCACUGACCCCAAUUUCGUAAGCCGUUUUCGCACCCACCAUGGGACACCACCCAUCCUUGGCUACUUCCACCCCUCUGGCGGGUUCGUCAAUGCCCAGGAGCCUCUGAACCGUGUCCCAACCUCGCACUUCUCCCUACGCCGAUGGUGCCGUCGGGGGAAUUGGUCACUGAUCGGCAGCCGCCAUGGACUUGUCUUGUACGGAGUCUGGGACAGAUUCGCAUUCGUCAUCCUUGAGUUCAUGGUGGUUGACCCAAUGACUGGGGACCGGAGCCGCAUAGUCAACCCACAUGCUCACUCCAUGACCACGCUUGUCACCGCGGUGGUGGUCUCUCCUGCAGGUGGCAUUGACCGCCGCUCGUUUCACCUGGUCAUGCUCUUCUCCCAUGACUACCAGCCAAGAGUGACCGCAUCUGUUUACUCAUCGGAAUCUGGUGUCUGGAGUGCCUCCGUCGCAACGUUGGUUCUUCCACUUUCUUAUUCUUACUUUAUAUAUCAUCCCAGCACCCUUGUCGGUAAUGCCGUUUACUGGCUGCUUUUCGAAGGCCCGAUCAUUCAGUUUGAUUUGGAAAGGCACAGUCUUGUCAUCAUAGAGCAACCCCCGGCUGCCAAUGUUGGAUCUGAUAUGGAGCGUCAUAUAGUGACGGCUGAGGAAGGCCACUUAGGUUUUGCCUUUCUAUCUGAAUUCAGCAUCCAACUCUGGGAGAGGGAGAUAGAGCCUAAUAACACUGCUGAAUGGGUGCUGCACAAAACCAUUCCGCUGGAGAAGGUCCUUUCCAUAGAAUUGAAGCAUGAGCACGUGAAGUGUGUAUGGAUAGCGGGGUUUUCUGAGGAGAGUGAUGUGAUUUUUAUAAACACGCCUUAUGGUGUCUUCACAAUUCACCUCAAGUCGAUGCAGUUCAGGAAGAUUGGGACAUCUCUUUUGCAUCAGUGA